UCGAAGCGCGUAGCGUAGGCCGUAGAGUAUAAUAUAAUAACAAAAUGCAAGAUGAUAAAAGUGUAAUUUUUCAAAUGCGAUUUCCGCAAAAGCUAUGGUAUUUACUUAAUUUACAUACAGAUGCAAUUUUAUGGGGAGGAACAGGACGGACGAUUUUAUUAAAUUACAGAGUUUUGCAUAAUUAUUUACAAUGCGACCACUCGGUAUUCAAAACCACGAAUAUCUCGAGUUUUGUCAGGCAGUUAAAUUUGUAUGGGUUUAGAAAGGUAACUUCUCAUCUCCAAGAUCCGCUGUGUAACUCGAGUAAUCCUUACAUGCAUGAAUAUGUACAUGAUUAUUUUCAACUUGGGAUGCCUGAGUUAUUAAAUAAAAUAACAAGGAAAGCUUUGACUAUGAAGAAAAGUUUCAAGCCUAAGAGCCCUAACAGUUAUGCAGAUCAAACCAUACUGACCCCAUUACAAAAAGCUCGCCGCGGCUUACGCCUAGCCCUUAAAAAAGCGGCCCAGGACUUGUUCAUACAGCACUCUCCAAACUUCAAUUUCGGCUCCAGCGAUGACGGCGCAGAAGGAUACCCUGAAGGCGAGGAAAACAUCGAGUUCGACUGGCUCAACACCGAAAACACUAUGGUUGAAGAACCCUCUACAUCAGCUAAUGAGGAGCCAGAACCGGAGGAUGUGAGAGCAAGUACCAUUGAGACGGGAAGUAAUGAUAAUUACGAAGAUGUUAGUGAAGAGAGCUUGAUAGUGUUUCAUGGUAAUCAUGGUGCACAUUCUCAACGCGACAAUGAUAACUUCCCGAACCAAUUCUUAUCCAUGCCAGAUCUCGACGAUCAAGGACCAUGUGAAGACUCUGGUGUGGAGUUGCUUGCAGAAUUUAAUAUUAACAAUGACAUUAAAAAAGGAGUGGAAAACGAGAAUGACUUAAAUUCCUUAAACUGCGUGCUGCCAUCAAUUGGCAAUGACCCAAUUGAUGAUGUGGAGAAAGAUAGUGAUGACCCAAACCACCAUUAUCAUGGAGAGUGGGAUCAAAUGUUUAAUGACAUAAUUAGCAACAAGAGCUCUGGUCCUGAAUGCGGAUCUGAUAUGAAGGAAUUCUACUCCCAGAUCUCAAGAACUAUAGAUUUACUUAACUCUUAAUUGAGACAAUUCAUU